CACGCACAACAGCCCGGCAUGUUCGACAUAGUCGGCGUCUACAAACGCCUCCUGACGGAAGAUGAGGACAUCACCAUGCCCGUUGCAGCCAUCGAGGCCCUCAUCCUCGCCAUCGCCGACACGCCCUCCAGCACCGUGUCGGAAACGCUCGACCUGGUGGGCAAGCUGACGGCCGAGUUAAAGCGGGCCAUCCCCAACUCCAUCUCCCUCUCGGCCGGCACGGAUCUCUUCCAGCAAUACCUCAUCUCCAACCUGCAGCGGCCCAGCAGUGGGAACGUCGACUUUGAGCAGAUGCGCGCGCACCUUGUGGGGAAUGGGAAGGUGUUUGUCGAGCGGGCCAAGGCUGCGCGCGAGACGAUUGCGGGUUUGGGGAGGCAUUUUGUACGGGAUGGCAAUGUCAUUUUGACCAACGGCGGCUCGCGCGUGGUGGGUUCGAUGUUGCGUGAAGCCGCGGAAUCAAGCAAUGGCAAUCACCGCGGCAGCACGCGGUUCAAAGUAAUCUGGGUGCUGUCUUCCAACAGCGUCUCUGCCGCCGAGGACGAAAGCGCAGCCAACAUCGCCGCCCUACGGGAGCGAGACAUCCCCGUCGCAACCAUCCCGUCCACGGCCGUCGCAUACUGCAUGGACCAAGUAACGCAAUGCUUCGUCGGUGCCGAAGGCGUGGUGGAGAACGGCGGCAUCGUCAGCAGAAUGGGCACGUACCAGAUCGGCAUGCUGGCCAAAGCGGCCAACAAGCCCUUCUACGUCGUCAGCGAGAGCCACAAGUUCGUCCGCUUGUACCCCAUCAAUCAGCAGGACCUCGGGAUUGAGCAGAACGUCGUGGACUUCCGGACGGCCAAGGGGUCGGUGAAGGAUGAGGAUGAUGCGCGGGUGGGGAGUGAUGAGGGCGUUGCGGAUGUGGAGGCGCAGGAGAAGGCACCGCUCAGUACUGCUCUGGACGAUGCGGUGGAUUACACGCCGCCGCAUCUGAUUUCCGGCAUCAUCACAGAAAGUGGUGUGCUGUUGCCGUCUGCUGUGAGCGAGGAGCUGAUCAAGAUCUGGUUCUGAGCGCAUGUCUGCGGAUUACGACGACUGUUCAUCAACACUAUGAAGCACGAGGCAAGAGCCGACGUAGCGCAGAAGAAUGCGCUCUGCAGCUGAACUCACGCCGUGCGGAAGCAUACGACGGCACCCAGGUAUGGGAAGAGCUCAUGGCCGAGCCAUAUUGCGUCUUACAUUGAGACCUCAGACCACGUCUCAUUGCCAACACAGCACUUCCUGACGGGGUUGCUCAGCAUUAGACUUAUGACAUCCUAUUGGCAUCAUCUAUCCGUAUCAAGUGA